GCAACAACUUGAUUGAUAUCUUUGCGUAAUCGACAUUCGGCUUCUAUCAAUAGUAAUCCGAUCUCGCUUCGACACCUAGAUUCCCGGACUUUCUGUGGAGUCUAGUAUUCAAUUGGCUCUACGACUGGCGCGCAGAAGCUUGGUCACGACACAAUGUCGGCACUAAAGUUUGUCCGCUCGGUGUGGGAGUCCUUUAGAGCAACCUCAGGGGUUGAGCCACGGUAAUAUUCGUCAUGAACAAGCAAAAGCACUCACAUUAAUUCUGCCAAACAACAGGUUAAUAGACGGCAUGCGGAUAACAGCAGCGGAACCUGGCAAAGUCAAUUUUGAGUUGCCCAUCGAGAAGCAGCAUACGAACCGGUUAGGUAUACUACACGGUGCCACACUUGCCACUAUGGUCGAUACCAGCGGCUCCCUUGCCCUGGCCUCUCGUGGACUAUAUUCGACAGGAGUUUCGACGGAUCUCAGCGUAACCUACCUCAACGCUGGCGGAAAGAUUGGUGAUUUGGUCAAAGGCGAGGUCAUCUGCGAUAAGUUUGGCAAAACACUUGCAUACACUUCAGUCAAAUUUAUGAACAAGAACAACGAGAUCGUGGCUCGUGGAAGCCACACAAAAUUCGUCGCCCUGGCCUGGAAAGACGAGAGGAAUAUCACCGAGGAGUUGAAGCCCAAGGUCAACGAGUCCCAGGCCAGUGAGGUUACACGGACGAGUUUCAAGUAAUUCGGGCAGUCCUUCGUACCUAGGACGCUGCAUAGAAUGGCCGGAGUGCCAUGUAUAUAGAUGGAUGGAACCCUUCAGAGCCCAUAGACGCCAUAUACAAAGGAACAUACCGCAGCUCUGUCUUUCACGAUAUGAAGCAGUAUGAGUGACACAUAAA